AUACCACGACAACAGCGUAGCGCGUACAUUAAUUUUCAGAAUUUUGAAAUUUACGGUUUGUACUGAUUUUUAGUCGGCUUGUGUUUUUGUAUUUUGUUGUGUUCACUGGACUGGACAACGAUUGACGAUUUUUUGUUCUGUUGUUCCGUAAACCACACUAUUCCAGUACUCGACUUUCUAUUGUGUUGGUGUUUUCAGUUUUCACUAUCUGAUUUGCAUUCAUUUUGUUUUCGUUAUUGAUGCACAGAACGUAAUUAAUUAAAUACAAAAAUGGUUUCGUUAAAUCCCGUACGCAUUUUGAAACGCGAAGCUGAAGAAGACCGAGGGGAAAAUGCACGUCUAUCUAGUUUCAUCGGUGCUAUUGCCAUUGGUGAUUUGGUCAAAAGCACACUUGGUCCAAAAGGCAUGGACAAGAUACUAAUUUCUGUAGGUCGUGGUGGUAUGGAUUCUAAAGUUGAAGUGACUAAUGACGGUGCGACAAUAUUAAAAAAUAUUGGAGUUGAUAACCCAGCCGCUAAAAUAUUGGUUGACAUGUCAAUGGUUCAAGAUGGUGAAGUUGGUGAUGGUACUACAUCAGUCACUGUGUUAGCUGCAGAAUUAUUACGUGAAGCGGAAAAAUUAGUAGAUCAAAAAAUUCAUCCACAGAUAAUUAUUGCUGGGUGGAGGAAGGCAACACAGAUAGCACAUGAAGCUUUACAAAUGGCUUCAUUAAAUCAUAGCAAAAAUGAAGCUGAAUUUCGAGAAGAUUUAUUAAAUAUUGCUCGUACAACAUUAAGUUCUAAGAUCUUGUCUCAACAUAAAGAACAUUUUGCCAAACUAUCAGUAGAUGCAAUCUUGCGUUUAAAAGGAUCUGGAAACUUAUCAGCUAUACAAAUUAUAAAGUUAAAAGGUGGUUGUUUGGAAGAUUCGUUCUUGGAUGAAGGUUUUCUUCUUGACAAAAAGGUCGGCCAAUUUCAACCAAAACGUUUAGAAAAUGCUCGUAUAUUAAUAGCUAAUACACCUAUGGAUACCGACAAAAUAAAAGUUUUUGGAUCUCGUAUCAAAGUCGAUUCUAUGGCAAAGGUUGCAGAACUCGAAUUAGCAGAAAAAGAAAAAAUGAAAGACAAAGUUGGCAAAAUCCUUGCCCAUGAAUGCAACGUGUUCAUAAAUAGGCAAUUGAUCUACAACUAUCCAGAACAACUUUUUGCUGAUGCUGGUAUAAUGGCUAUUGAACAUGCUGAUUUUGAUGGCAUUGAACGUCUAGCAUUGGUAACUGGUGGUGAAAUUUUAUCGACCUUUGAUUCACCUGCUAUAGCCAAGUUGGGAACAUGCAAACUUAUUGAAGAAAUAAUGAUUGGUGAAAGCACUUUAUUGCGUUUUUCUGGUGUGGCUCUUGGCGAAGCUUGUACUAUUGUCAUUCGUGGAGCGACUGAACAAAUUAUUGAUGAAGCUGAUCGUUCUUUACAUGACGCCUUAUGUGUUUUAUCAUCUACUAUCCGUGAGCCAACUAUUGUCUAUGGUGGUGGUUGUAGUGAAAUGUUGAUGGCAAACGCUGUAAGUGCUGAAGCAGCAAAAACACCAGGCAAAGAAGCUGUAGCCAUGGAAGCAUUUUCUAAAGCACUACAAUCUCUUCCCACGACUAUAGCUGAUAAUGCUGGUUUGGAUUCAGCUGAAUUAAUAAGUGGAUUAAGAGCUGCUCAUGCCCUAGGCAAAAAUACUACUGGUCUAGAUAUGGAAAAUGGUUGUUUGGGAUGUAUGCAUGCAACUGGAAUCACUGAAUCUUUUGUUGUUAAGAGGCAAGUACUUGUAUCUGCUGCAGAAGCUGCUGAAAUGAUUCUUCGUGUUGAUUGCAUUAUCAAGGCUGCACCGAGAAAGCGAGUUGAAGACCGUGGUCAUUGUUGAAUCCAAAGACUUAUGGCUUAAAAGCUAAUUUCAAACAAACACAUUCUCAAUGUCAAUAUAAGACUGCUUUAAAAGUAUUUUUUUUUCUAUAAAUUCAUUAAUUUUCAAUUUUAUAUUCAAAUAUUAAUACUGUUUUUUAAGUAUUAAAUAUUAAUAUUUAUAAAUAUGCAUCAUAUAUUUGUAUAUAUUUAUCUUUUUAUACAAAAUAUAUUUUUUAAAAUAAAACAUAUUAAUCUAGCAAUUUACAA